AUGAGCUUGAGACUUCUCAGACUGUCACGAGUGUCAAACGUGGUCAGAAGAAGCUACACAACGUCACGAAAUCACCCAAUGUUCAUCGACAUCGCCGUCAACCUGUCUGAUCCCCAAUUCCAGGGUAUCUACCAUGGCAAACAGGGCCAUGAAAGCGACUUCAAUGCUGUGCUCGAGCGAGCUAAGGAGCAGAAGCUCACAAAGAUCCUAGUCACGGGCACAGAUCUUUCCGAAACCAAGGAGUCGGUCAAGAUCUGCAAUGACUUCCACUGUGACUAUCUGGAGCUCUACUGCACUGGUGGAAUCCAUCCUUGUUCAGCCCUAGCAGAAUACAACGCCCAAACCGGAGGAAAGCAGAAGGCUACGGAAGCUGAGGGAGACUACGAUAUCAACGCUAUCGGCUCACGAAUCCAGGAUCUGCUGGAGGUGGCCAGAUCGAACCCCAAGACUCUGCUUGCACUUGGGGAAUUUGGACUGGACUAUGACCGACUGCAUUUCAGCCCCGAGAAGAUCCAGAAGCUGUUUUUUGAGCAGCAGUUGAAACUCUUUGCCGAGUCAGGACUCGACCUUCCUCUGUUCCUGCACUCCAGAGCAGCCCACAAGGAUUUCUGCGACAUGCUGUAUCCCUAUUUGAAGGCUGGCAAGUUUCCCAGAGGAGGCGUGGUCCACUCUUUCACUGGUACCCUCGACGAGCUCCAGGAUCACGUCAAGAUGGGCCUUUACAUCGGUAUCAACGGCUGCUCACUCAAGACCAAGGAGAACUUGGACGUGGCCAAGGAGAUCCCCCUGGAGUUGCUGUUGCUUGAAACUGAUGCCCCAUGGUGCGAGAUCCGACCUUCGCACGAAUCACACAAACUGCUCCAAGGGCACAAGCUACCCUAUGAGUCGAAAAAGAAGGAGAAAUUCGUGGAGAACAGCAUGAUUAAGGGCCGGUGUGAGCCUGCCAACAUUGUGCUGGUAGCCAAGGUUAUGGCCGAGUUGAAGGGCGUUCCUCUGGAGGAGCUCACCAAGGUAGUUUACGAGAACUCGCUCAAGUUCCUCAACCUCGAAAAGUAA